AUGGCCGUCAGCCAAGGAGCUGUCUCCUUCGAUGCCAUCAUCCAAGCGGAUCGCAAAAAGAGAAAAAAUGAAGAACUUGCAAGCAAAAUCCUCGGUAAAAACAGAACGACAGUCGCCGCAGGCGCGGGAGCUGGGAGCAAGUCUCAGAAAGCGAAGUCAGGAAGUCUCGCCAGUCGAAUCGGUGUCAUAAAGCCUUCCGCAUCAGCUACAUCGAAAACUACGAAGAAUCAUCGCACACAGUCAGCGCCGGUACGAGCAGCGAACUCACAACUAAAACGCGCCAGCAAACGUCGGCCAGAUGAGGAGCGCCUCCUUUCAGCUCUCAAUCCAGCGAGUGGACAAUCAACAGUGCGCGACAAUCCUGUUGGUAUGACUAUUCGAGGAGCAGGGUCAGGCUCUUUCAUCGUGAUUGGGAGCAAUUUCGCUCCAGGCACCACAGCAGCAGACAUCCAAUCCGCUCUAGAACCUGCAUCGGGGCAGAUAUUGAACUGUUGGAUCACCUCGCAGCAUCCUACUGUCACGGCCGAGAUCACAUUCGCCGAGAAAUGGUCGGCAGAAAACGCCAUUGCCAACUUCCACAACCAAAGGGCUGACGGCAGAAUUUUGUCCAUGCGGUUCAAGCACUCCACGGCCGAACCGACACCUUCUCCGCAAGCACAGAAACCCCAGUCCUCAUUCAACAAUCUACGAGAGCAAGCGGAUCGCGAGCGCCGCCUGAACCGGAAAGCAGAACCAGCCGUGCAAGAUGGAAGUGCGACGAAGCGUGCUUUGACCCGACAUGUUCGAACAUAUCAGUGUCGAAAUCUACGGAUAGGGUCGCAUCGAUGCUCCUCAACAUUUGAUCAGAGACAGUGGUCCACGCCACUCGCGAAAACUCUAGCGAAUGCGAUCAAGGUCACAGGGCCGGUUCCAAUUGCGGCAUUCAUGCGCCAAGUUCUCACAUCUCCAGAGGGGGGCUAUUACACGACUCGACCGGAGGGCGGCGGCGAAGUCUUCGGAAAGAAGGGAGAUUUCGUAACCUCGCCUGAAAUCUCACAAGUGUUCGGGGAGUUGGUGGGUAUAUGGACGAUCACAGAAUGGAUGGCGCAAGAGCGGAAACGCAGCGGGGUGCAGCUCAUCGAGGUUGGACCAGGGAAGGGCACAUUGAUGGACGACAUGUUACGCACAUUCAGAAACUUCAAGAGCUUUGCGUCGAGUCUCGAGGCUAUCUAUCUGGUUGAAGCUAGCCCGACGUUGAGAGAGGUCCAGAAACAGCGACUUUGCGGUGAUGCGGCUAUGGAGGAGACAGAUAUUGGUCACAGGAGCACCAGCAAGUAUUUCAAUGUUCCGGUGAUAUGGGUAGAGGAUAUUCGAUUACUGCCUCAUGAGGAAGAGAAAACGCCAUUCAUCUUUGCGCACGAAUUCUUCGACGCACUUCCAAUCCACGCUUUCGAGUCCAUACCCCCAGCACCUGAAAAUCAGUCCGAGCAGAACGAGAUCAUGACUCCUACCGGCCCUGCGAAGCUGCACCAACCCAUGAAAACCGCCAAUACCCCCCAGUGGCGCGAGAUCAUGGUUACAUUGAAUCCCAAAGCAGUCGAAGAGAAUCAAGAAGGCGAGCCCGAAUUCAAGCUGACAUUAGCCAAGGCGUCGACACCGUCUUCUCUCGUGAUCCCGGAGAUUUCAGAGCGCUACCGAAAGCUCAAGUCUAAGCCAGGUUCUACGAUCGAAGUCAGUCCGGAAAGCCGCAUAUAUGCGUCCGACUUUGCUCGUCGCAUAGGGGGUUCGUCACAACCCCCUCGAACCGUAGGCUCGCGGAAUGCGCCCGCCGCGCAGCCGAAGCGGGUACCGUCUGGAGCAGCACUGAUCAUGGAUUAUGGAACGAUGUCGACUAUCCCUAUCAAUUCGCUCCGCGGGAUCCAGCAUCAUCGGACUGUGCCCGCACUCUCGUCGCCGGGCCAAGUCGAUGUGAGUGCUGAUGUUGAUUUCAUGGCGCUUGCGGAGGCGGCCAUUGAAGCUAGUGAGGGUGUCGAGGUUCACGGACCGGUAGAGCAGGGAGAUUUCCUGCAGGUCAUGGGCAUCGUGGAGCGGAUGCAGCAACUGCUCAAGGGAGUCAAGGAUGAAGAGAAGCGCAAGACUCUCGAAAGUGGCUGGAAGAGGUUGAUCGAGAGGGGUGGGGGCGGCAUGGGAAAGAUCUACAAGUUCAUGGCCAUCAUUCCGGAGAACGGUGGGAGAAGGAGACCCGUUGGAUUCGGUGGGACUGUUCAGAUGUAA